UUCCAAGUCCCGCCCUCCUUCUGUCGACACACUCUCAGGCGUGGGCUUACGUCCAACGCUAUUCCUGAAAGUUCACACGCUAGUUUUCCUGCGGUUACACUUGACGUGUGAACGCAGCCUGCGUCACAAACGUAUCGCCAGACGAAGUUUGGCGAAGUUCUCAGGACGCUUCACUUCUUCUUCUUGUCAGGCGGCGAAUGAGCAGCAGGUCCCAACAUCACGGAGCAACGCACUUCCUUCAAAAAAGAUGUCCGCUCAAGUUAUAAGUGGGAAAGAGGUUUCUGCGCAGGUGAGGCAGCGUCUGAAGGAUGAUGUGGCGCAGAUGAAGCUUCAGGACCCCAACUUCAGUCCGGGUUUAGUGGUUUUACAGGUGGGGGACCGUGAUGAUUCAAAUCUGUACAUCAGCAUGAAGUUGAAGGCAGCAACUGAGAUUGGAAUAAAUGCCGCACAUAUGAAACUUCCCAAAACGGCAACGGAGGAGGAGGUUCUUCACAAAAUUACAGAGGUGAAUGAGAACUCGUCCAUCCAUGGCCUCAUCGUGCAGCUGCCCUUAGACUCCAUCCACAAGAUCGACACAGAGAAGGUCACAAAUGCCGUGGCCCCAGAGAAGGACGUAGACGGGCUAACCAGCAUAAAUGCAGGGAAGCUAUCUCGCGGGGACCUGGGCGACUGCUUCAUCCCCUGCACACCAAAUGGCUGCAUGGAGUUGAUCAGACAGACUGGUGUGUCCGUGGCAGGGAAGAGAGCUGUAGUGAUUGGCCGCAGUAAGAUCGUGGGUGCGCCAAUGCAUGACCUGCUGCUGUGGAGCCACGCCACUGUCACCACCUGCCACUCUAAAACUGCUGAUCUCCCUGAAGAGGUAAAAAAGGCAGACAUCCUGGUUGUUGGAAUCGGCCGAGCAGAGAUGGUGAAAGGAGAGUGGAUCAAGCCGGGAGCAGUCGUCAUCGACUGUGGCAUCAACCACAUUCCAGAUGAAACUAAACCCAGUGGGAAGCGGGUGGUGGGUGACGUCCACUAUUCCUCAGCUAAGGAGCAGGCUGGCUUCAUCACUCCUGUACCUGGUGGAGUAGGACCCAUGACUGUGGCCAUGCUGAUGGCG